AGGUAUAAGAAGGAGAGCACAAAUCUCAAGCAAACGAAGGAAGAGGAGUGGACUAUGAUAUAGACUCAGGAAAAUCGAUCGUUCUGUAACGGUUACUUUUGUGUGUGUGGGUUUGUGACUGUGACUGCGUUUGUGAGAAGAGACUCUGAUCAGUGACGACUAGGGAUUUGGUGGUGGCUCCUUGCUUCUGAAAUGGAUUUCAACAACAAUGACAAGGAGCCAUGGAAUUGGCAUGGGGAGGGUUAUACUCUCCAAGAGACUUCUAAUUUUGAAAUUUCGGAAGAGCUGUGGAAUGACGUGCCUCAAAAUGAAGAAGAUCUUUCCUACAUGUUUGAUGAUGAAACUACCCCUGUUAAGGCUGUUGGUGAUUUGGCAUAUAAUGGUGAUUCAAAUAACGUGCCAAAGGAACUAGAGGAAUGCAGGGAGACUUCUCAAGUCAAGAGGCGGCGCAUGCUACAGUUUAACAGCCAAGAUAGGGAUCACUCUCUAUCAAAGGAGGAGAUGACUGCGGCAUAUUUGAAAAAUGGGAAGGAGGACGCCAUGAAGGAUAUUUUCCCUGAAGUGUCCCCAUGGGUGUCUGGGGCAUCAUCAGAAUGUGCAUUAGGAAAUGCAUCUGCCUCUGGUUAUGACGACCUUGAGUCAACUGAAGGAUGGCUUGCUGAAUACUUCAAUGAUACUGAUAUGCAACUCAGUCCUGAUGAUUUGAAUUUUACAGGAGCAGAUGAUGUUCACAUUGAUAUUGCAGAGCUUAGUGACAUCCCACCAUCACAAGAACAACAUAUGGUUCAGAAGCGUGUCACUGUCACUCGAACUCCUAAAAAUAUUAUUUUCAAAGGUCGGAAAUCCUUUAUCCGGACACCGACAAAGUUGGCUUCUACUGUGGCCUAUCCAUUUGCCUUCAUUAAACCCAGUGGUGCGCAUGGAGAUGUAACUCUGAAGGAAAUUAACCAGCGCAUUCGAACUCCACCUCCUUCAAAGUCAAAGCAAAACAGUGAAGAUCCAUCUGCUUAUCCCAAAUCAGCCUUCUCAGGGAAGCCUGUGGUUGGUAAAACAAAAAUUCGCACUGAAGGAGGGAAAGGAAGCAUCACAAUUAUGAGAACUAAAGGCUAAGUGUAAGUUGUUUGGUACUAACUUUUAUCUCACACACUCACCUAUUGAUGUGUGUCGUUGCUUAAUUUUCUGUAAUAUACCCGGCGGAUUAUACUAGUUGAUACUGCAACUCUUUUUUUGGUCUUAUUGACAUCCGUAAAUUACACCUCCUUAGUGUUAUUUUGGGGUACAUGAUUUUGUUAAGACUAAUGAGAAUCUUAAUUAUAUUUAGCUCCUUAGUCUCUGCAGCUCCCCCUGGCUGAUGAUUUUACUAAGCUUGCGCUUAGUUAUUGUAAUUGAAACAUACAGAUAUCUAUAUUUAGUUUUGCGGCCUUGUUUAUAUUUCA